AUGUCUCUCAAAGUUGCCAUUGUCGGCGCAGGGCUCAUUGGUCCCCGCCAUGCCCAGUCCGUGAUCUCCAAUCCAUCCGCAGAGCUGGUAGGACUCGUGGACCCAGUACCAACAGGCGAAGCCACAGCCGUCAAGCUCAAUACCAGCUACUUCCCAUCCGUGGCAGCUUUACUAGCCUCGUCAAACAAACCCGACGCAGCAAUCGUGUGCACACCAAACCACACGCACGUCCCUGUCGCCAAGGAGCUCCUAGCUGGAGGAGUCCACGUUCUCCUCGAGAAGCCAGUUAGCGAUACCCUUGAAACAGGCCUCUCGCUAUUGGAAUUCUCCAAAGCCCCAGAACAAGCCCACCUCAAGCUACUAAUCGGCCACCAUCGCCGCUUCAACCCCUACGUCCGGGCGACCAAGUCCGUUCUAGACUCGGGAUCCCUGGGCCGUCCGAUUGCUGUCAAUGGCCUCUGGACCCUAUGCAAGCCAGAUACAUACUUUGCGCCACCCGGCGAUUGGCGCGCAUCUCGGGCCCGCGGUGGCGGCGUUAUACCGAUCAACCUUGUCCACGAUAUUGACCUGAUGCACCAUCUCUUCGGCCCGAUUGUGCGGGUGCAGGCCGAGCGCACACUCCCCCAACGUCCGAGCCCUCCUCAUGAUGCCGAUGAAGGCGCCGCUCUUACUCUGAGAUUUGCCGCUGGCGUCGUCGGUACUUUCCUCGUCUGCGAUGCCACACCGUCGCCUCAUAAUUUCGAGGCUGGAACGGGCGAAAAUCCUAUAAUUCCCCGCUCGCCGACUGGGGAUGGAUCGGACUUUUAUCGUAUUUUCGGCUCCGAAGCUUCGCUCAGUGUCCCGGAUUUGACUCGCUGGAGUUAUGAUGGACGCCCGGAGAAGAGCUGGUCGCAUCCCCUGACUGUGCAUAAAGUUGAACUACCUGACGAGUCUGCUCCUUUUGAUCUGCAGCUAGCUCACUUCGUUGAUGUUAUUCGUGGAAACGCGACGCCCAGCUGCUCUGGUGAAGAGGGUCUGCGUGCCCUUGUUGUCUGUGAGGCUGUUCAGAAGGCUAUGCAGACUGGUCAGCCUGUGGAUAUUGAUGUGGAUCUGUUGAACCUAUAG